UCUGCAGUGAGAGGCCUGUCACACCUCCUGCCCCCUUGGGUCCCUGCUCCCUUGGGUGCCUGCCCCAUCUCCCCAGCCUCCCAGCCUGUGACCAUCACACGGAGCUCAGCCUGCCACUCUCACAAGGACAAUCGCCUAACCUAACGCCUGGCCACGCUGCCCCACAAGGACUGUGCUAUGAACAUGGGGUUUCCUGGGUGCCUCCUGCUCCCAGCUAGGCACCCCCUUGGCAGGAGCUCGGCUGCCUGCGCUGGAGCUGGGAACACAAGGAUCCCCAUCCUCCUGGCCUGGCUUUGGGCUUCCAUGACAGGAUUCCCCAUGACAGAAGCUGGCAUCCCAGAACUAACUCAGCUCCGACUGGUGAACGGCCCGAGUCGCUGCGCUGGGAGGGUCGAGGUGCUUCACAACCAGCAGUGGGGAACUGUGUGUGAUGACAGCUGGGACAUAACUGAUGCUGGAGUUGUGUGCAGGCUGCUGGGCUGUGGGAAGGCAUCAUCAGCCCCAGGAGAGGCUCGAUUUGGGCAAGGAUCAGACCCUAUCUGGCUGGAUGACGUCAACUGCGCAGGGACAGAAGCUGCCCUCUCCAGUUGCAGGGCUCGGCCUUGGGGAGAGAAUGACUGUACCCACGGAGAAGAUGCCGGUGUUGUGUGCUCAGACGCUGGCAUCUCAGCAGUGGUUCAGCUCCGACUGGCGAAUGGCCCGAGUCGCUGCGCUGGGAGGGUCGAAGUGCUUCACAACCAUCAGUGGGGAACCGUGUGUGAUGACAGCUGGGACUUACAGGAUGCCGCAGUCGUGUGCAGGCAGCUGGGCUGUGGGACGGCGUUAUCAGCCCCAGGAGGGGGUCACUUUGGGCAAGGAUCUGAUCCUAUUUGGCUGGAUGAUGUGAACUGUGCAGGGACAGAAGUUGCCCUCUCCAGUUGCAGCGCUCGGCCUUGGGGGGAGAAUAACUGUAACCACAGAGAAGAUGCCGGUGUUGUGUGCUCAGGCAUUUCAGAAGUGGCUCAGCUCCGACUGGUGAACGGCCCGAGUCGCUGCGCUGGGAGAGUCGAGGUGCUUCACAGCCAGCAGUGGGGAACCGUGUGUGAUGACAACUGGGACAUAAUUGAUGCUGGAAUCGUGUGCAAGCAGCUGGGAUGUGGGAUAGCGCUAUCAGCCCCAGGAGCGGGUCGAUUUGGGCAAGGAUCUGACCGUAUCUGGCUGGAUGAUGUUCAGUGCAAAGGGACAGAAAUUGGCCUUUCUGAAUGCGGGGCUAGGCCUUGGGGAGACAAUAACUGUCGCCACGGAGAAGAUGCUGGUGUUAUUUGCACAGACACUGAAAUCUCAGAAGUGGCUCAGAUCCGACUGGUGAACAGCAGGAGUCGCUGUGCUGGGAGAGUCGAGGUGUUUCACAACCAGCAGUGGGGAACCGUGUGUGAUGACAGCUGGGACUUACAGGAUGCUGGAGUCGUAUGCAGGCAGCUGGACUGUGGGACGGCGUUAUCAGCCCCAGGAGGGGCUCGAUUUGGGCGAGGGUCAGACCAAGUCUGGCUGGAUGACAUCAACUGUGCAGGGACAGAAGUUGCUCUCUCCAAUUGCAGGGCUCAGCCUUGGGGAGAGAAUAACUGUACCCACGGAGAAGAUGCCGGUGUUGUGUGCUCAGACGCUGGCAUCUCAGAAGUGGCUCAGCUCAGACUGGUGAACAGCUGGAGUCACUGCGCUGGGAGGGUCGAGGUGCUUCACAACCAGCAGUGGGGAACUCUGUGUGAUGACGGCUGGGACUUACAGGAUGCCAGAGUUUUGUGCAGGGAGCUGGGCUGUGGGACAGCAUUAUCAGCCCCAGGAGGGGCUCGAUUUGGGCAAGGAUCAGACCGUAUCUGGCUGGAUGACGUUCAAUGCACAGGGACAGAAGUUGCCCUCUCCGAUUGCAGGGCUCGGUCUUGGGGAGAGAAUAACUGUAACCACGGAGAAGAUGCCAGUGUUGUGUGCUCGGACGCUGGCAUCUCAGAAGUGGCUCAGCUCAGACUGGUGAACAGCAGGAGUCACUGCGCUGGGAGGGUCGAGGUGCUUCACAACCAGCAGUGGGGAACUGUGUGUGAUGACAGCUGGGACUUGCAGGAUGCUGGGGUCGCAUGCAGGCAGCUGGGCUGUGGGACGGCAUUAUCAGCACCAAGAGAGGCUCGGUUUGGGCAAGGAUCUGAUCGUAUCUGGAUGAAUAACGUGAACUGCACAGGGACAGAAGUUGCCCUCUCCGAUUGCAGGGCUCGGCUUUGGGGAGAGAAUAACUGUACCCAUGGAGAAGAUGUUGGUGUUGUGUGCUCAGACGCUGGCAUCUCAGAAGUGGCUCAACUCCGACUGGUGAACAGCCCGAGUCGCUGUGCUGGGAUAGUUGAGGUGCUUCACAGCCAGAAGUGGGCAAGUGUGUGUGAUGACAGCUGGGACUUACAGGAUGCCAGAGUUGUGUGUAGGCAGCUGGUUUGUGGGACGGCAUUAUCAGCCCCAGGAGGGACUCGAUUUGGACGAGGAUCAGACCGUAUCUGGCUGGAUGAUGUCAACUGCACAGGGACAGAAGUUGCCCUCUCUGAUUGCAGGGCUCAGCCUUGGGGAGAGAAUAACUGUACUCAUGGAGAAGAUGACAGUGUUGUGUGCUCAGACGCUGGCAUCUCAGAAGUGGCUCAGCUCCGACUGGUGAACAGCCCGAGUCACUGUGCUGGGAGGGUCGAGGUGCUUCACAACCAUCGGUGGGGAACCGUGUGUGAUGACAGCUGGGACUUACAGGAUGCUGGAGUCGUAUGCAGGCAGCUGGACUGUGGGAUGGCGUUAUCAGCCCCAGGAGGGGCUCGAUUUGGGCGAGGGUCAGACCGUAUCUGGCUGGAUGACGUCAACUGCACAGGGACAGAAGUUGCCCUCUCCGAUUGCAGGGCUCGGCCUUGGGGAGAGAAUAACUGUAUCCACGGAGAAGAUGCCGGUGUUGUGUGCUCAGAUGCUGACAUCUCAGAAGUAGCUCAGCUCCGACUGGUGAAUAGCAGGAGUCACUGCGCUGGGAGGGUUGAGAUGCUUCACAACCGUCAGUGGGGAACCGUGUGUGAUGACAGCUGGGACUUACAGGAUGCCAGAGUCGUAUGCAGGCAGCUGGGCUGCGGGACGGCAUUAUCAGCCCCAGGAGGAGCUCGAUUUGGGCGAGGGUCAGACCGUAUCUGGCUGGAUAACGUGAACUGCACAGGGACAGAAGCUGCCCUCUCCGAUUGCAGGACUCGGCCUUGGGGAGAGAAUAACUGCAACCAUGGAGAAGAUGCCGGUGUUGUGUGUUCAGACGCUGGCAUCUCAGAAGUGGCUCAGAUCCGACUGGUGAACAGUAGAAGUCACUGCGCUGGGAGGGUCGAGGUGCUUCGCAACCAGCAGUGGGGAACCGUGUGUGAUGACAGCUGGGACUUACAGGAUGCUGAAGUCGUGUGCAGGCAGCUGGGCUGUGGGACGGCGUUAUCAGCACCAAGAGAGGCUCGAUUUGGGCAAGGAUCUGAUCGUAUCUGGCUGGAUAACGUAAACUGCACCGGGACAGAAAUUGCCCUCUCAGAUUGCAGGGCUCGGCUUUGGGGAGAGAAUAACUGUACCCAUGGAGAAGAUGCCGGUGUUGUGUGCUCAGACGCUGGCAUCUCAGAAGUGGCUCAGAUCCGACUGGUGAACAGUAGAAGUCACUGCGCUGGGAGGGUCGAGGUGCUUCGCAACCAGCAGUGGGGAACCGUGUGUGAUGACAGCUGGGACUUACAGGAUGCUGAAGUCGUGUGCAGGCAGCUGGGCUGUGGGACGGCGUUAUCAGCACCAAGAGAGGCUCGAUUUGGGCAAGGAUCUGAUCGUAUCUGGCUGGAUAACGUAAACUGCACCGGGACAGAAAUUGCCCUCUCAGAUUGCAGGGCUCGGCUUUGGGGAGAGAAUAACUGUACCCAUGGAGAAGAUGCCGGUGUUGUGUGCUCAGACGCUGGCAUCUCAGAUGUGGCUCAGAUCCGACUGGUAAACAGCCCGAGUCGCUGUGCUGGGAGGGUCGAGGUGCUUCACAACCAGAAGUGGGGAACUGUGUGUGAUGACAGCUGGGACUUACAGGAUGCCGGAGUCGUGUGCAGGCAGCUGGCCUGUGGGACGGCGUUAUCAGCACCAGGAGGGGCUCGAUUUGGACAAGGGUCUGACCAAAUCUGGCUGGAUGAAGUAAACUGCACAGGGACAGAAGUUGCCCUCUCCAGUUGUGGGGCUCAGCCUUGGGGAAACAAUAACUGUAACCACGAAGAAGAUGCCAGUGUUGUGUGCUCAGAUGCUGGUAUCUCAGAAGUGGCUCAGCUCCGACUGGUGAACGGCCCAAGUCUCUGUGCUGGGAGGGUCGAGGUGCUUCACAACCAGCUCUGGGGAACCGUGUGUGAUGACAGCUGGGACUUACAGGAUGCCAGAGUCGUGUGCAGGCAGCUGGCCUGUGGGACAGCAUUAUCAGCCCCACGAGGGGCUCAAUUUGGACGAGGGUCAGACCAUAUCUGGCUGGAUUAUGUCAAGUGCAGAGGGACAGAAGCUGCCCUCACCGAUUGCAGGGCUCAGCCUUGGGGAGAGAAUAACUGUACUCACGGAGAAGACGCCGGUGUUGUGUGCUCAGACGCUGGUAUUUCAGAAGUAGCUCAGCUUCGACUGGUGAACGGCCCAAGUCGCUGUGCUGGGAGGGUCGAGGUGCUUCACAACCAUCAGUGGGGAACAGUGUGUGAUGACAGCUGGGACUUACAGGAUGCUGGAGUCGUGUGCAGGCAGCUGGGCUGUGGGACGGUGUUAUCAGCCCCAGGAAUGGCUCGAUUUGGACGAGGGUCAGACCAUAUCUGGCUGGAUUAUGUCAACUGCACAGGAACAGAAGCUGCCCUCUCCGAUUGCAGGGCUCAGCCUUGGGGAGAGAAUAACUGUACUCACGGAGAAGAUGCCGGUGUUGUGUGCUCAGACGCUGGCAUCUCAGAACUGGCUCACGUCCGACUGGUGAACAGCCCAAGUCACUGCGCUGGGAGGGUCGAGGUGCUUUACAACCAUCAGUGGGGAACAGUGUGUGAUGACAGCUGGGACUUACAGGAUGCCAGAGUCGUGUGCAGGCAGCUGGGCUGUGGGACGGCGUUAUCAGCCCCACGACAGGCUCGAUUUGGGCCAGGAUCAGAUCAUAUCUGGCUGGAUGAUGUCAACUGCACAGGGACAGAAGUUGCUCUCUCCGAUUGCAGGGCUCGGCCUUGGGGAGACAGUAACUGUACCCACGGAGAAGAUGCCAGUGUUGUGUGUUCAGACUCUGGCAUCUCAGAAGUGGCUCAGCUCCGACUGGUGAACGGCCCCAGUCGCUGUGCUGGGAGAGUUGAGGUGUUUCACAAGCAGCAGUGGGGAACCGUGUGUGAUGACAGCUGGGACAUAACUGAUGCUGGAGUUGUAUGCAGGCAGCUGGGCUGUGGGACGGCGCUGUUAGCCCCUGCCGGGGCUCACUUUGGGCAAGGAUCUGACCAUAUCUGGCUGGAUGACGUCAACUGCACAAGCACAGAAGCUGCCCUCUCCGAUUGCAGGGCUCGGCAUUGGGGAGAUAAUAACUGUACCCAUGGAGAAGAUGCCGGUGUUGUGUGCUCAGACGCUGGCAUCUCAGAAGUGGCUCAGCUCCGACUGGUGAAUGGCCCUAGUCGCUGCGCUGGGAGAGUCGAGGUGCUUCACAACCAGCAGUGGGGAACUGUGUGUGAUGGCAGCUGGGGCUUGUCCGAGGCUGAAGUUGUGUGCAGGCAGCUGGGCUGUGGGACGGCGUUAUCAGCACCACGUGGGGCUCGGUUUGGACAAGGAUCUGCCCGUGUGUGGCUGGAUGAGGUUCAGUGCACAGGUGCAGAAGCUGCCCUCACCGAAUGCAGGGCUAAGCCUUGGGGAGAGCAUGGCUGUAACCCUGGAGAAGAUGCCAGUGUUGUGUGCUCAGAUCAGGGCCAGCUGAGGCUGCGGCUGACGAGUGGCCCAAGCCCCUGCUCCGGGCGAGUGGAAGUGCUGAUUAACAACACCUGGGGUGCUGUGUGUGAUGCCGGCUGGGGCCUGCCAGAGGCGGGAGUGGUGUGCAAGCAGCUGGGCUGUGGCACGGUGCUGUCAGCCCCGGGGGUUGCUCAGUUUGGCCAUGGGGCCGGCGACGUCUGGCUGGAGGGCGUGAGCUGCUCGGGUCAGGAGUCUCUCAUCAGCGAGUGCCAGCUGAGCCGGCUGGGUCCUGGACUGUGUGGCCGUGGCUCCGAGGCCAGUGUGGUGUGUGCCGGGCAGGCCGGCCUUGGGAUACUGUACUAUGUGCUCCUCGGCCUGGGUGCCCUCGUGGUGCUGAUCUGUGUGGCCCUGCUCUGCUGGAGGAUGUGUCGGAAGAGAGCCGCUGGGUACCCCUUGGGCCAUGUACACAUGGAGGAGCUGUGGGCUCCAGGGACCCCGGCCUGGCCCCAGGAAGCAGCAAAUCCAGAGCCCGCCAAGGAACUCGACAGCAAGAUGACCCAGCAGUGCUGUGAAAGCCGCAUGCCAGCCGGGCUGGGCUGGGCUCAGCCUGCAGUGAGAGACGAGCCGGUGGGAUCCUGCGCAGAGCAGCCCUAGAGCUGCCAGCUGCCUGGGCUGUGGGAACUCUGCUGGGGCUUGUCUGGGGGCUGGGGCUGCUGGCUGAUGGCUGGAGGUCUCAGCUCCCCCAUUACCUGGGAAUGUUCAAGGUAGCAUGUGAGCAGUGGUUGCUGCCUGUAAAGUACUGAGUCAUGCAUGGACAUGUGACAUGCCCAUGUGACUCCAAACUCCAUCUUGCUGCUGUGAUUUUCCACAGUGAGAACAAACGGAUGUCCUUCCACAUGGCAGAGGCUAUAAAAGGCCCUGGAAACCCCUCCAUUUUGUCUUCAGUCCUGCUUCUGACCUCUGGAGGAACCUUGCCACAAACUGAAGCUCUGAACGAAGGACUGGAUGACCCAUUCCAGCCGUGGAUGUAUUCCAGAGACUUGAUUUAAACCUGCAGUUUAUUCCAUCACUGCUACAAGCCUGAACCAAGAACUUUGCCAUUAUUAUAUGUAAUUGAUUCCAUUUAACCAGUUUUAACCCUUAUCUAUAUUUCUUUCUUUUUAUGAAUAAACCUUUAGAUUUUAGAUUCUAAAGGUUUGGCAACAGUGUGAUUUGUGGGUACGAUCUGACUUGUAUAUUGACCUGGGUCUGGGGCUUGAUUCUUUGGGAUUAGGAGAAUCUUUUUUCUUUUACUGGGGUAUUGGUUUUCAUAACCAUUCAGCCCCAUAGCAAGUGGCACAAGUGGUGAUACUGGGAAACUGGAGUGUCUAAGGGAAUUGCUUGUGUGACUUAUGGUUAGCCAGUGGGGUGAGACCGAAGUCUUCUCUGUUUGGCUGGUUUGGUGCCUUAAUAGUAAAGGACCCCCAGCCUUGGGCUCUAACUGCCCUGCUCUAAGCAGUUUGUCCUGAAUUGACACUGUCAGUUGUGUCCCGCUAGAGGCAGCAUGUUACAGAUUCUCUUUUAAAAAUGUUGUUUUGUUUGUAAAACUGCUCUGUAAAUGACAGCGGGGAUACAUGCUGCUUCAAAUAUGCCACAUGCUCCUCUCUCUCCUUACUAGUUACUCAUUCGUCCACGUUGACACAGGGCUUCUGUCUUUUUAAACUUCACUUCUUAUUGAAACACGCACUUAUGUAAAUAUGGGUCAUCUGUAGUGACAUUUCCCCUACACUUUAAAUAUUCAGAAAGUCUUAAGAUAAAUUAUUCUUUUGCUGAUGGGAGAGAAAGGCCAAUCUGUACCUUCAUGCAGUUACAGAAUUAUUGCUUCUCUUUUUUAUUGUAAAUGUUGGGGCAGGGUAUUAUAUUAACCCCCAAAAUCUUCAUACUUUACAAAGGAUAUCCUGUACGUUUGUGUUUUAAAUUAAAAGUCUCCUUAUAGCUAAAGUCAGUAUGGUCUAAUUUACCAAUAAAUAUCAAAAGCUAUAAAAAUACGUUACUUUAAGUUAAUGGAAUAAGGGAAAUUGGUAUAAAGGUUAGUCAUAACUUUCAUGAGGGGCUUUCUACCCUUUUUAAAGACAAAUGCUAAAGGUUUUAUGUAAAAAGAGGUAAUUUAAUUCCUGGUAUAAAAGUCAAAAGAAAUAAUGAUGUCUGCUAA